CAAUGCUUUGUCUGUGGCCGUUCGGGGGCCACCGUCAUCUGUGCAGAGCCGGGAUGUGAGAGGAGCUUCCAUCUCCCCUGCGCCCCUGAGGGUCAAUGCGUCACCCAGUUCUUUGGAGCGCUCAGGUCCUUCUGCAGGGAGCACAGCCCACAGCAGGCAGUGCAGGCAGCACCAGCACCAGACACGACCUGCGUCAUCUGCAUGGAGCCUGUAGGUGACAGCAGAUCAUACACCACCAUGGUGUGCCCAGCCUGCCAACACGCCUGGUUCCACCGGGCCUGCAUCCAGGAACAGGCAUUAAGGGCGGGGAUUUACUGCUUCCGGUGCCCCGCGUGCAGAAACAAGGAAUGUUUUCUACGAGACAUGCUGAGUGUGGGGAUCCGAAUCCCAUUCAGAAAACCAACAUGGGAGGACAACUAUGCCUAUUCAUCCCUGGGCAUUCGGUACCAGCGCUGCAAUGCCAACAUCUGCCUUUACCCCCUUGGCAGAGGGCAUUCAGGAGAGGGAAUCUCCGAGCCGGCCCCAGAGACACCGUGCGAGCAGGCAGAGACCAAGCCCAGGUGCUCAGAGCUGCAGCUACACCACAGCGGCAGCACCGGGGUCCUCCAGGGCUUCCAGAACAGCCCACAGAAGCCCAUCCAGACAUCCAGCGCGGGCCCGGACAAGGAGCCGCUCGCCUCUCCAUCGUCGGGCUGCGGAGACCGACAGCCGGCCCCGAAGACGCCGCACGAGCCGGUCCAGGCGGCGAGGGCCAGACCAGGGCCAGAGCCGCUCCCGG